UUUUUUUUUAAAAACAUUUCAACUUUCUGACGCCAGCACAGAGUUUUGCCCCGAUCGCCGGGACGGCGGAGCUGCGGCGCCGGGGCCAUGCGGUGAGCGAGUCUUGUGGAGAAAGCAAUCUGAGGACCAUGCAUCCGUGACUCCUGGAACCAGCCUGUGAGCCAGGGCGAUGGAAGUGCUAGAGGGCCUCCAGCGUACUGCUUCCAUGAGCAUUCCCAAUGGAUGUGCCAACAGGAUUUUCCAAGGAAACAUGGAGGGAGGGAGCACUGAUGCCUUGGAGGCCUGUGGUGCUGAGCACUGCGCCUCUGGCGACGCAGUCUCCAGCGAGCAGGAGGAAACACACAGGUAUAAAAAGACAACCAAGGGCAGCCGGAUCUGGAAUUUUGUCAGACGAAGGAAAGGACUCUCUACAAAUAAAGACAGGCCCCAGUCCAUGAUUUUGCUGGGAGUUACCUCUGAGGUCUCAGAAUUAAAAAAGCCAUCCUUCAUGGACAGGGUACGCUCAUCAAAAAAGGGAAGAUCCUCCAGGACACCCAAGAACGUGGAUUUGAGAGGUUCCAGAGUGCAGGACGUGUGUGACCCUGAGGAGGACCUUCAUGGCAGCGGGCAGAGAGCUGUCUACAGGGUUAGGAAGCUGGGCGAUGGCCGGAGGCCCUCCCGCCACUCCUACGCGGGGUACAUAGAGGAUUUGGACUCUUCUUUUGAGGAUAUAGAGCUGAACAUCAGCAUUCCUGAACUUGAUGCCACUGAAAGUAAAUGUCUCAGGGAUAUCAGUGGCAGAUUACACAGUGAGGAUAAUGAUGGUAACUGCCACAGAAUACCGGCCAGGAAGAGCGAGUCUUUGAAUUUUGAACACAUUAAGAGUCCUGCAAUUACAGAAGGGGACAAUCAAAAGAGGUGUGCUGUGCUCCCACAGGACAGCAGGAGAGGAAGGAGCUCUGAUGUCUGGAGCUAUCUGAAAGGAAUUUCAUUAGCUAGCAAAGAUAAUUCAAAGCUCCCAGAUCAAAGGGCUGAAACCAAUUGCCAGAACUUAGAAAAUACAACUGAUCAUUCCGCUUCUUACUUUGACUUUGAUACGAGAUGUGAGGAAAAUCUCAGCCAGCGAAAAAAAUCAAACGGUGCUGCCAAAGCCACUCACUUUGGGGGCGUAGUGAGGUUCUUAACCAGCGUGGCCGAGGCGGCUCGGCGGCUGCGAGGCUCCUCGAGGGCGUUCUCCCCCGAUGAGAAGAGGCCUCAGCGCAGUUUCCGGGGCCGCAGGCAGGAUGUUGCCUCCCCCAAAGAGGACUUGGUUAUCGAGAAUGAGAAUGCAAAGGCUUUCUGCACGGUGGGAGCUUGUCUGCAGUCCCCGGAUUCAGGCACGUGGGAGAACCUGAGCUUUGAGAGUUUGGCGGGGAAGGAGCCUGCGCAGCACUGCAAAACUGCAGACGGGCUGAAAGGCGUUGGUUCCUCUGGCCUGGACAGUGGCAAUGACAGGUUUAAUGAAACCUCACCUUCUCCCUUUGGGCCAGAACCAUCCAUGUCCCAGCUGGCAGAGCUUGCAGAUGGCUCUUUCACUGAGCUGAACAGCAAAGACCCUUCUGAGGAUCUGGCUGAACUUCCACAGACAACUUUGGCUGAACCAAUUGAGGUCUUGGGCACUACUCCAGAGAAGACCCAGGUCAUGGCCAGGGACCUGCCACUCUCUCAUGAUCUUCCUGUGAAUAGUCUGGAUACUGUGGACCUGGGCUGUUCUCCAGCUGACAGCAGGGACUUUUCUGCAGAAACUGAAUUGCAGACUCACGUUCCACAGGUGUCACCAACUAAAUUUGAUUCUGGGGAUGUGGCUUGUGCCCCAGUUGUUGCUAAAGACAUGGAUCCCUCUCUAGCAGUUGCUCGGGAGCUUUCAGAGACAGAACUGGAUAAUCAGGACUUGAGAAAUCCUGAGCUGCCUUUGCAAAACUUGUCUGCAAGUGAGCUGGAGUUUCAAGACACUGGCAGUACCGUGGAGAGGGUCGUGGGCAGGGACCUGGCACCUUCUCCUGAUCUUCCUGUCAGUAAUCUGGAUGCUGCAGGCCUGGGCUGCUCUCCAGCUGCUGAUGGUGCCUUUCCUGCAGUGACUGAGGCUCGGGCCCAUCUUCCACAGACAUCACUGACUAAACUUGAUACUGAGGACAUGGCUUGUGCCCCAGUGAUUGCUAAAGACAUGGAUCCAUCUCCAGCUGCGGCUUGGGAAAUUUCAAGGACAGAACUGGAUAAUCAGGACUUGAGAAACCCUGAGCUGCCUUUGCAGGGCUUGUCGGGAGGUGAGCUGGGGAUUCAGGACUUGGGCAGUACUCCAGAGAUAUCACAGGUUGUGGACAGGGAUGUGCCACCUUCUCCUGAUCUUCCUGUGCAUAAGCUGGGUUCUGUGGACUUGGACCAUUCCUCAGCUGCCAGUGGUGACUUCUCUGCAGCACCUGAGGCUCUGAUCCACCUUCCCCAGGCAGCUCUGACUGGAGAGAUCCAAGACACUGUCAGUACUCUGGAGAAGAGUCAGGUCACGGGCAGGGACCUUCCACCUUCUCAUGACAUUCCUGGGAACCUUCUGGAUGCUGCAGACAUGGGCUGUUCCGCAGUUGCCGACGUGGACUUUUCUGUAGUGACUUUUUUGAAGUGUUCCACAGUGAAAAGACAGGGUUUGGAACAGCCUGGUGGCCUCAUUAAAAAGCGGGGAAGCACUUCAUUUGUAGAAGAAAACUCUGUGGAGGUCAUGGACAGAGUGGAAGAGUUUGACUGCAGUACGGAGUGCAGGCCCUUCCAGGUGCACGUCUCGAGGAUUGUCUCUUCCGGACGCCUCAAAAAUGGAAAGCCAACGUCUCGCCCUCCGCAGCCGUGCCCGCAGGCAGAGCCCUUCAAGGCGCUGGUGGAGCGCUGCCGCUCCGAGCCCCUCUCGCAGAGCACCCCCAUGGGGCUGGACCAGCUGGGGGGGCGCAUGCAGCACCUGCUCCGCAGACGUGCUGAGAACGAGCAGGCUUCAAAGACCCUGAAGGUGCGCGGGAACUGCAGGAACGGUGGCCGUCGAUGGAACCUCUUCAAGCCUGGAGCUGAGAAGCUGCAGAUCGGUCGGUCCUUCUCCGGGCUGCCCCUUCCUGUGGGCACCGAGCCCCGGGAUGGCGGCAGGGGCUGCGCCGCCGGCGCCGUGAGCGGCCUUGGCCAGGUCCUGGCUGCCAGCGCCGUGUCCGUGCCCACCAUGGGGAGAUCCAUGUCGACGUGCGUGUCCCGGCUGGAGGAUCCGCGAGGAUGCGGCCCCGUUCCCAGUUGGCUCUACACAUCCCAUAUGCUGCCGCCGCCUCUUCUAACCAGCGCCAGACACCGCGAGCUCCUCUCCCUCGACGUGGUGGGUGGCCGGAUCGAUGAGCAACGCUUAGCGAGCGCGUUUGCUUUCCUAACCGUGCAGCUGUGGCCAGAAAGUGGGGAAAAUCCGGGGCAGCAGGCAGGGGAUGAAGAGCCGGAGUGGGGAGCAGGGCACGGACGCUGGGCGAGGAUCACCCCGGGCAGGUGCAGCGCUGGGCCGGGCCGGGAGCUUUGCUUUCAGUGGGAAGGGGACUCAUCCUUCACGUGGAGAGCAGAAUGA